ACAGACGUAACGCGCAAAGUUGACAAGUACAAAUACACGUGUGUAAUAUGUAAACACUAAACAGUUGUUGAGGACUUGAAGUUGUUUCAGUUGGUGUUGUGUGUUCCGUAGGAGUAAGUGUUGAGAAACAGUAUUUACCACACAACGAAAAUGAGUUUCGCACGCUUCAAAGAAGUGAUAGAAGAAGACGAUACCGUUAUACUUUAUGUCAACGUUAACAGCAUGCAUGCUUUGAAAGUGACACCACAAAUAAAAAAUAAAAAUGGGGCUCUUGUGUCAAAUGUUUUCCAAACUGUUUAUGGCGCAUUAAAAGUAGAUUCUCUAAUUGGUAAAAAAUUUGGAAGCAAAGUUAAAUUAACUAAAGGAUGGGUAUACGUACUUCACCCAACCCCGGAAUUGUGGACGUUAACUUUACUUCAUAGGACACAAAUCAUAUACACACCGGAUAUUAGUAUGAUAAUUUUUCAGUUGGAGCUAAAGCCGGGAAGUAUAGUUAUUGAAGCAGGAACUGGAAGUGGCUCGCUCUCUCACGCCUUGAUCCGAACAAUAAAACCUUCAGGACAUUUGUUUACAUAUGAUUUUCAUGCUGCUAGAGUCGACGUAGUUCGGGAAGAGUUUAAGGAGCAUGGUUUGUCAGAGUAUGUAUCUGUUGAACACCGUGAUGUCUGUGAGGAUGGUUUCGGAGCGGCUGUUACAAAUAGUGCAGACGCAGUAUUCCUUGAUUUGCCAAAGCCUUGGGAUGCAGUACCUUAUGCAGUUGCUGCUUUUAAACAAAUCGGCGGCAGAUUUGUAUCGUUUUCACCGUGUAUAGAGCAAGUGCAAAACACAUGCAAGGCUUUAAGUGAGAAUGGAUUUUUCGAGAUAGUAACAAUGGAAUGUUUGCUUAAAGAACUGAAUGUGCAAGUACGCGCCAUGCCCUUUUUGAAUAUAGGAACAAAAGAAACAACCUCACAAAAAACUUACAAUACUGCUUCCCCUGGACUUUCAGUGUGUGGACAUUCUGGCUACAUUACAGCAGCGACGCUACCACCUCGCCAAGAUUGAGUUGUUCACUGGAAUCACUGCACUGUAGUGAACGUCAUAAGUGCUAAGACGUUUAAAUUUUUCAGGGGAACAGUGGCUGUUUCAACCACAAUCAGUGGUAGGAAAUGAAUUAGUAUUUUCUCUCAACAAAAUUUUUCUAAUGGCUGACAACCCGAUCGACUAAAGUUUUUAAAUUGUAAAAACUGUAAUAAGUGUUCGAACUUGUUUAGUAAUCAUUUGGUUUCCAAUACUGAUACUUAUCUAAGCGCAGGAGAACAGUUAUGAAAUAAGUUAGAAGUCAUGAGCAUUGUAUGAAGUAGUAGAAAUAUACAAUUGUGAAAGAAAUAAAGCAGUGUUUCGUUAACCUAUCAGUAUAAAAUAUACAGACUGAACAGAGUUCAGUAACAAACUAGAUCAAGCUACUGUGAAUAUGAAUAAAAACUUACUCAUAUAAA